GGUAACCCACAAUUAACAAGUAGAACUAUUUUAUUACAUAGUACUCCGUUGAAAAGAUGCGAUGAAAAUCCAGAUAAUUAUCUACAUGUAUGUGGAUUCUUAUGGAUUUUAGAUGGAUUCCAUAUGGUUAUCUAUAUGGAAUCUAUACAAAACCAUCUAAAAUCCAUGGGAAUCCAUAUACAUGUGGAUAACCAUCUGGAUUUCCAUCUCAUAUUUUCAACGGGGUAGCAAUAGUAAAAAAAUCCAUUUUUAGAAAUCAUAGUGUAAGUAAUAUAAUUACUGUGCCCUGAUCGGUACUGUGUCUCUCUUAUUUCUACUUUUUGAAGAAUGUGUAAUUGUUGAAUUGGCAGUUACGUUGUAAAAUAAAGUUUACAUAUCAAUUAAUAUUUUUUAACGAAAAGCAGGAUACUAUUUCGUGCUGUAAUGUAAAAAGAAAUAACUGAAAUCGCUUACAUAAAUUUUAUGUGAAUUAUUUGCAAUGCUUAGCAGAAACGUUAAGGAAAAGUAAUUAACAUAUGGCUAAGAAUUAACUGUGAUAAUAUGUUAAACAUCGAAAAAAAAUUUGUUAUCUGUUUUACACUAUUUCAAGCACAGAAAGUAGUAUAAACCACUGUUUCUAUGGCACAGUAAUUAGUAUGAAUAUCCAGUAUUUACAGCACAGUAAUUAUAAAUUAACAUUUUCAGACCCACAGUAACUAUAGCAUCAACAUUUUCUUUUUAAUUUCAUUAUUAUUCAAAGAUUUUUUAAUAUUUUAAGUGAAAAAAAAUUUAGUUUACAUGCGUGCGUGUACAUAUAAUAUUUAUAUAUUGUAACAUGACAGCUGCAGGCUGUCAUUCGUCACAAGGACUGCAAAGGCCCGAUCGUGUUUUCACCACGCGGUGGUGAUCCUGCUUCUUCCUACUUGGGAGUAGACGCGAAAGCGUGGCGCGUUUUGUUUUGUGUUCAUGUGUCAUCUUGUGUGUUUUCUGUUUAAUCUAAGUUUUUAAGCGUUAUAUUAAAGAUGUUGUUGCUAAAAAUGAUUUUAUUAAAAAUUGCUUGAAAUUUGGAGGAUACCUUGAUUGCGAUGAAAUCUACACUUGUUUAAAAUUUUAGAAAGAUAACAGAAAUUGAGAUAUUUUCAAAAUUCGAUCCUUAUACAUGUAAGCGCCAUACCAAGCUACUGAAAAACAUUUUUUAGCAAUUGUGAAAAAACGGCUUUUACCAAAUGAAUCAAAAUGACACUCAUUAAUUUAUAAUAGUACAAAUGUUCUGUCAAAAAUUAAGAAAAGUGACACGUACGGUUUUCGAGAAAAGUUCAUCAAAAGCAAUGUAAAUGCAUUUUUACGUGCGGAGAGCCACUGAAGAUGUGGCAACGGUGAAAGUUGGCGACCGCAACACAUAGGACUUUGUACAAUUUUGACGCCUCGUUCCACCGGAAAACGCCAGAAGAACGCCGGAACGGAAACGGUGCAUUUGCACACGGUUCAAAUGGACACGGUGCUUUUGGACACGAUAUUUUGCGCACCGUUUAUUUGCACACCGUUCAGUUGCACACCAUUCGUUGCACAUCAUUCAUUUGCACACCGUUUACUUGGACACAGUGAAAAAUAACUGUGCCGAUGGCACUCUACCGACAGGGUGGGUGCGGGAGAGGGGUCGAAGGCCCUCCUUGCACCUCUCUGUGGGUGUACGUGUCCGUUUCUUUUCGUGUCCAACUGAGCGGUGUGCAACUGAACGGUGUUCAAAAGCACCGUGUGCAUUUGAACCCAGUCCAAGUAAGUGCCAUCCGCCGGAACAACAGAGAAGAACGAGCUGCCGCCGAGGGAUUGCCGAAUAGGGGCACACAGGUCGUACCGCUCUUUGGCCUUGCCAUAAAAUUAUUAUCUAUUUGUGAGAAUUUCGAUCUCUCGCAAAAAUGAAUUACAGAAUCUGAACAGACCCCUAUGUUAACGCACAGACGGGACGGUAUCCGGACGGAAUCCACGCAAAUCUCGACGAGGAAAGUAAAAACGGGAGACAUUAUUUCCCGCUGAGUUACGAGAUGAGAGUCGGAGGGCGACAUCCCGAGGAAUGGGGAUACGACCGUUUGAGAAGGACGGAACCGUCGUCGGCGAAAUUGAGAAGAAUCCUGUUACGAAGAACAUGCAUUCAAGUCUCUUGCCUAAGAUCUAUGAGUGCGUAACAACAGCGUACGUAACGCGUCGCACGCGAAUCAGUUUGCAGGAUCGCGACCAAUAAAAGUGUGACACACUUAAGGUGCAUUUUCAUGCUGACGCUCGACGCUAGCGUCAAGCGUCAAAGCAGUCACGAUACCAAAAUCUUGGUGGAGAGGAUAGACGCAGCGUCAAGAUUCAAAGAGCAGUCAGGUGCAAUAUCAACAAUUAACGGUUUGUUUCUAAAAAAAUAUAAAAGUGAAUGUGACAGUACAACAAAAAAUUUUUGUUAAAACUUUAAAUUUAAAAUUAAUACUUAAUAUAUAAAUAAUUUGUAGCAAUAAUGACCUAUUUUUACAAAUAUCAGACAUGGAUUAAUGAAUGCCAAAUCAUUACUAACGCGCGUAAAAAGGAGCAGCGUAAAAAAUUGAUUACAGCAAUAGUCGCAACAAUUGGAUCUAUGAAAAAAAAAAGAAAAAGUAUAAAAAAAGCGUUUUUGGAUUCAUAUACUAUACCGAUUGCGUGAUAUCCAUGGAUUUUAUGAAUCUAUUUUUCCUAUGCUUUCUUUGUAUGACAGUACGUUUAAAACUUACAUGCGAAUGUCAUUGACGGAAUUUGAGGCAUUGCUUUAUAUAGAUGGUCUUCUUAUUACAAAACAACAUACAAUAAGAAAUCCUAUUUCUGCUCCAGCUCGAUUAGCUUUAACAUUAAGAAACAUGUCAAUUACUUUGGACUACUUUACAUAAAAAAAUUAUGCCAUAUCUUUUAGAAAAAAUGGAUUGGUUGAGUAUUAGUAAAGAUUUUGAAAAGCAGUGGAAUUUUAAUCAUUGCAUAGGAGCUAUUGAUGGUAAACAUAUUCAAAUUCAGUGUCCUGAUAAUGCUGGUUCUACAUAUUAUAACUACAAAAACUGUCACAGUAUAAUAUUGCUAGGCAUUUGUGACGCGAAUUAUUUGUUUACGUUUGUGGACAUAGGUGCUUGUGGUCGUCGUAGCGAUGGUGGAAUUUUUAAAGAUUCCGCUAUGGGCCAAAAAUUUAACGACAAACUAAUGAAUGUACCUGAAUCAGAACCUUUAACAGUAGAUGGAAUACCUUUACCGUAUGUUAUUGUAGGCGAUGAAGAUUUCCAAUUGAGUGACUAUCUUCUUAGACCAUAUCCUGGAAGAAGUCUAACUGAUAAUCGAAGAAUUUUCAAUUACAGAUUAAGUCGUGUUAGAAGAACAAUUGAAAAUACUUUUGGCAUAUUAGUCAGUGGAGAGUUUAAUUACGUAUAAAUUAAUAUUAAUUAAUAUUUUCCCAACAUGUUUUUAGCGAUUGUACAGUUCGUACAACUCCUUUCGAACGGAACAUGAAUUUUACUUAUAAGUCCUCCUACCAAUCUUUUUUUUCUUUUACGGAAACACUGUUUGUUGCUUUAUUUUCUAAGAUUUUACAGUUUUCUUGCACUAACUCGGAAGAAGUAUUUUUUCUGCUUCUGUAAAAUUCUUUCUUUUUUAUGUAUUUGAUGCUUCAUUUGUAUAUUAUUUUAUAAAUAAUAUAUAGCAACUAUUAUUUUCUUAUAAAUAAUGUAAUAGGAUGUGACGAUAAGUGUCAAAUAUUAUAAACUAGGUUAAAUUUAAUUUUAUAUUUAUAUAUAUAUAACAUAUUUAUUGGCACCAAUCACUACAAUAUAGUUUAAAUUAGCACGCAUAAAGUAUACGUUCAGUUGAUCGAGACAAAGAUAAAAUUGGAGGAAAGCAAAACAAGUUGACCAAAAAUUAAACUGCGUUCAAUUUUGAACGUAGUUCACACAAACUCUGAUCUGAACCACGUUGAUGGAAACGGGCAUUAAAAUAUCAACUUGGUGGCACUUUCCAAUAACAUUCUUUACAAUGGCAGUGGCCUUUGUUCUGCCUAAUUUGCAGUCUUGUACUAUAGAGUCUUUAAGGUGAAAUUUCAGUUUGCUAAUUAGAUGGUCCACUGCAUUAAAUGCUGUAUUGUGUUCUGCUAAAGAUACAGAAAUCCACAUCUCAAAUUUUUUACACUUUCUCCAAUAGGAUUUUUAAAAAUAUUGUCAAUUUUGGAAGUGUUGGGUGCUUCUUUUAUUUUUUGUUGGUGUUUGAUACCUUUUUUAUGCAUUUUUAUAACUGAAAGUUGUGCUUUCAUAUCAGUACCACAUAUAUUUACACUUUUCGGCAUUUCCUAAAAUAGUAAUAAUUGAUAUUAAUUAAUGAAGUUUAAAUAGUAUUGUAAUAAUAAAUGAUAUUUUACCUGGCAUUGGUUUUAGCCAUUUAUAUAAACUUUCUUAUAAACUUCUAUAUUUUUAUAGUACGACUAUGGGUUACUUUUCCAGCCAAUUUAGAUUUUUUCACUACCUUCUCAUAAGUGCUUUCACAGUCAGAUGUAUCAGAUGUAUAAGAUGUAUCAUUCAUUUUUAUUAUUUAAAUGAACACAUGCAGUCACGGUCUGAAUCUAGGGAUCAAUUAUAUAAUUUUACAUGAAACUGUUCACACUCUAUGUGGUUUCAUGCAUGUAUAAUUAUAUUAAUUAUAAUCUUCUGUCAAUGCAAGUACUAACAAGAAUUCUUGUUGUAUUACAUUGACAGAAAAAGGUUAUACAUGUAUAAAAUAUGAAAAGUUUCAUGUGAAAUUACAUGAUCAAUCUCUUGAUUACAAAUUUUUACUUAUUUGGGUUGACGUUUGUAUAGAAUGAAUAACCGUAAAAAAA